GAAAUAAGAACUAAGUUGUUAUCUUCCCGGCAGAAAAAUAUAAGAUGCUAUAUUUAAUCUUCGCAUGAAAAGCAACGCCUUCAGUUGCUCGCGCAUCAGCGUUCAACGAGGAGAGCUUCGUAACUGCGGGAGCUGUUAUUAACUCCGAACAAAAGAUAAACGACUAAAAUGGCGCUUUUACUGGAACAAGAAGUAUUUUCCAUGGAUGCAAAGCUACUUAAAGCACAGAUAAACGAAAUCACGGCCUGUCGAGCGAAAGAGUGGGUCCGAACGAAGUCAGCACUCCUACAGUUAAAAGCCGUGCAAUGGUCUGCGGCUAAGAUAAACCUGAAUAUAUUUUCCUUGAGAGAUUUCGGUGUCACAGACGAGGAAAGCAGUAUUACACAAGUCAAGUUAUUUAGUAAAAAUAAUUGGUUUCUUCGACUACAAGAUGACGGUAACGUCAGUGGAACAAGAGAGCAGAACAAUGAUGAAGUCAAUCUGCAGUUGCAGUCGAUUGGGAAAGGAUUGAUUCAGAUUUACAGCCCUGCUGUAGGACGAUAUCUGGCAAUGGAUAGCAAUGGACGACUGUUUUCAAUGAAAAGCAAGACAGACAGCACAAUUUUCAAACACGUUCAAGGAAUCAACGGUUUUCACACGUUCUCCUCGCACAAGUACUACAGAGAAACAGCUCAUGACAUGUACAUAGCCUUGAGGAAGGAUGGUCUUCCAAGGAAAGGAAACAAGGCUUGUUCACUUCAUAAAGGUUCUCAGUUCCUGAUCAUCUGAACCAUUGAUACCCUGUACAUCUUGGCACUUAUUUAAAACAAAUGUUGAAUAAUAGUUAUUAUGGAAAUUCCAAGACAUAAACAAACAGCCUACAGUUCUACAUGACACACAAAAAAACUCCACGGAGUCUCCUGAGGCAAAAUGAGAUAAAUACUUGCUGACAUUAAUACUGAGUGAAAUGACGAUUUUACACUCAGUUAUUUAUUGUUAUCUAAGAAAACCAUAUUCAAGUUAAGACGAACAAAGAGAAAACAAGAAUACUUAUUUCAAAUCCAGUUUGAAUUUAUGAGUGAGGAGCUAAGAUGUGUUCACAGCGAAAUUGCAGAAAAAGAAAAAUUUAAUGAAUUAUUUACUAAUUUUAGAGUUCCUCUCAUUUGAAAAUAAACCUUAUCAUAUUGUGAACUUAACAAAUGCUUGAAAAUAAA